GUGCCGCAGCCGCCGGGACUCCAGAUGAAGAACCCCCUUUGGGAUUGUCUGCUACCGAAUGGAAGUUCUACAAGUUUGUGAAGAGUUCUACAAAGGGUGUUAGUCUUAGUGAGCAUCCCCCUGGGAUGGAUGUUACAGAAGCACAUCUUGCCAUGAACACUCUUUUGAAAAAGAGUGCCAUUGAGAUCAUGUCUUUGAAUGGCGAGAAUCUUUUACGUGCUAUUGAUCUAAAGGAUGCUGAAAAAGCGAGUAAAUUAGACGAAGAGGGACGUUUGGUGUUCAACGCUAUUCGUGCAGCAGGAAAUGUGGGCAUUUGGACAAAAGAUCUCAAAAAGAAGACCAAUCUACAUAUGAUUGUUCUAAACCGGGCUCUUAAAUUGCUUGAACAAAAGCAUGAAAUCAAGGCUGUCAAGCAUGUCAAGUUUCCUACCCGAAAGAUCUAUAUGCUCUUUAACACUACUCCAUCGAGUGAAGUUACAGGUGGUGCGUGGUAUACCGAUCAAGAACUUGAUACAGACUUUAUCGACAGUUUAAAGGCAGCCUGUCUCAAAUAUAUUACUGCAAGAAGUUUUCCACGUAAUGAAACAGUACGUGAUGCUGUUUUUGGUGCAGACCAUGAGCAUUACCCCACUGCUACAGAAGUCAGAAGAUUUAUUACCGAGUCUCGUAUUUCUUCUAUCGAACUCUCUGUGAAGGAUAUUACUAGUUUGUUAGAUGUAUUGGUAUAUGACGGUACAAUUGAGAAGAAAUCACCAUUUGCCAUUGGUAUGGAAGACUUUAGCGACGAAGAAGAUGGAGAUGAAAAUGUUCAGUGGUCAUACAAGGCUGUCCGCAAGACAACUUCACGUCUACCCGUUGAGGCAUUGACAGAAGUUCCAUGCGGACGUUGCCAAGUAUUCACAUUCUGCUCAGAAAAUGGGCCAGUAUCACCUUUCAAUUGUGAAUACUUUAAAGUCUGGUUAGAUUGGUAAGGAGGGAAAUGCUGAAAUUAAAUCUAUCACCAUCCUUGCCAUUCCUUUU